AUGACUACAGUUACAUCCGUCGACGUCAUCGUCCUUGGCGCAGGUCUCUCUGGCCUCACUGCCGCCAAUUCACUCGAACAGGCUGGCCACUCCGUCGUCGUCCUCGAAGCACGCAAUCGUGUCGGCGGGAAGACCUGGUCAGUCGACCCCUGCAAUGACGGCACUAAUAGAGUGGUAGAUGUCGGCGCAGCCUGGAUCAAUGAUACCAACCAAUCUGAGGUUUAUGCUCUCGCCAAAGAUCUUGGUCUCGAACUUGUUGUUCAAAACACAACUGGCUAUGUGAUUCAGGAAGACCUCAGUGGUCGUCUAUCCACAUUUCCAUACGGCCAGGCGCCAGAUGCCGAUGCACUAGCUGAAGCGGAUGGCCUAUCAGAGAUGUUGAGGAUUCGGCAAGCUUUUGAAGAUGUAUGCCAGACUAUCGACAUCCACAAGUCAGCUAAUGGAUCAACGCCAGAAGCCGUCACUUUAGAUCGACUCAGCCUUAGGGAUUGGAUCAUCAGGAAUAGCGAAAGCAGAACAGCGUUAGCAUCGGCUUCAGUAUGGACGCGCGCUAUGCUCGGCCUGGAACCGGAACAGGUCUCAGCAUUGCAUUUUCUCAAUUAUUGCAAAAGUGGUGGUGGGUUAUUACAAAUGCGCAUGGAUACGAAGCAUGGCGGGCAGUAUUUAAGAUUCGUGGAUGGGACUCAGAGCUUAUCAAAGGGAUUGUUACAGAGGCUGAGACCAGGCACCGUGCAUUUAAACCAGAAAGUGAGCGAGAUCGACCAGUCGGCAAAUAGUAACGGUUCAUCUGUCAUGACCAACGUCUUCACAACAGCCAUGAACUCCAACCAGCAAAAGCACUACCUCUGUCGAAAACUGAUCCUCACCCUCCCCACGCCCCUCUACAAGACCAUAUCCUUCACACCUCCGCUCCCACCUGCGAAACAAGCCCUAUCCCGCUCCACAAUCCAAGGCUACACCAACAAAAUCAUCAUUCUCUACUCGUCCCCAUGGUGGCGGCGCGCAAAUCUCUGCGGCCUCCUCCAAUCCUUCGCCGGUCCCAUCACCGUGACACGCGAUAGUUCAGUCGACAAAAGCAAUCAAUUCUCCCUAACGUGUUUCCUCGUCGGCAAGUUCGGUCGUGACAUGUCGCUCCUCGCACGGACUGAGCGCUUUGAGAAGGUACAGAGACAUAUCGAGCGCGUUUUCCGGCCUUUCUGCGAUAAGGCGGGUGUAGAGAUUGAAGUACCAUUGACGAUCGUGGAAUAUGAGUGGGUGAAGGAUGAAUUCAGUGGUGGAUGUCCGGUGCCUGUGUUUGGGCCUGGAGGGGAUAUGACCAGGUAUGAGGGAGUGUUGAGACAGAGGGUUGGAAAUAUGUAUUUUGCGGGGACGGAGACGAGUUAUGAGUGGAAAGGGUAUAUGGAUGGGGCUAUCAGAAGUGGGAAAAGAGUUGCGAAGGAGGUGGGUGAGGCGCUGACACAAGAAAGAGGGAGUGAAGGGUUGAGAAAAGCCAGAUUGUGA